AGAUCUAAAUCCAAACAACCUGAUAUUCUGAUACAAACAUUUCACCACACUCUCACCUUCUUCCUCACUUUUAAUUUUUCCCUUCAACCUAAUCACAUUUUUUUCACUGUUCUGAUACAAACAGGCAUGUGAGUCUUUUUCAGUGUUCUCUAUUACUUCCUUCUAUGGGGUAGAAGCACAAGCAUUCUCCAUUUCAUGAAUAGGUAUCAAAACUUUAGCUCAUCCUACAAGACCCUUUGUUAAAGCAAUCUGUGACCCUGUCAAAGUUGUAGUCAUUAUGCACUCAGCUUCUUAAAGGUAAUGCUUUUAUGGUCCAUUCAUGAUCUUCACAAGGGGAAAUAGAGAGAUCUAUACAUUCUGAUCAUUUGGGGUCUUAGGAACGGUUACAUUCACAUCCGGGUGUGAAGGUGUGGGUUCAGUGAUCUUCACCUGGUGCCAUUAACAAGGUGACCCUUUGAAUAGAGAGCCAAAAGGGUAUCUUGGGAUCUCCUAAAUCUGUUGAAUUUCUCUGGUUUGAUGUUGCAAAAGGUGUGCAAGAGAUAUAGAAACAUGGUGGUUGGAAAUGGUUUGUUUUAUCCCGUUUUUGGUUUUGCAUCACUGGUGUUGUUCAUUUAUAUGUCUUUUGGAGACGUCAGGUUUGGAUUUGAGGAAGAGCCUGAAUUGGCUUUUGUGGAGAGAAACGGGUCACAGUUUGUGGUGGAUGGAAAAGCGUUCUACAUUAAUGGGUGGAAUUCUUACUGGUUAAUGGUGCAAUCUGUGGAUGAGUAUUCUAGGCCCAGGGUACGUGAAAUGCUGAAAGCUGGGUCCAAGAUGGGUCUCACUGUUUGUAGAACUUGGGCAUUUAAUGAUGGUGACUAUAAUGCCCUUCAGACUUCCCCUGGAGUGUUCAAUGAACAAGCUUUCAAGGCCUUGGACUACGUUAUAGCAGAAGCAAGGAAACAUGGAAUUAGGCUUCUCCUUAGCUUAGUAAAUAACUUGCACGCAUAUGGUGGGAAGACUCAAUAUGUCAAAUGGGCAUGGCAAGAAGGAGUAGGGUUAAGCUCAUCUAAUGAUUCUUUCUUCUUUGAUCCAUCAAUCCGUAGUUAUUUCAAGAAUUACAUCAAGACUAUUCUGACAAGGAAGAAUACUAUAACUGGAAUUGAAUAUAGAAAUGACCCCACCAUUUUUGGCUGGGAAUUGAUUAAUGAACCUCGGUGCAUAACUGAUCCCUCUGGUGACACUCUCCAAGAUUGGAUAGAGGAAAUGUCAGCUUUUGUCAAAUUGAUCGACAAGCGCCAUCUGGUGACUGUUGGACUUGAAGGUUUCUAUGGUCCUAAUGACCCAAAAAGGUUAACUGUUAACCCUGAGGAGUGGGCAUCUAGACUUGGAUCUGACUUUAUAAGGAACUCCAACAUCUCAAAUAUUGACUUCACCUCUGUCCACAUCUACCCUGAUCACUGGUUUCAUGAGCAGGUAUUUGAAGACUACAUGAAAUUUGUCGCUAAGUGGAUGCUUUCCCACAUUGAAGAUGGUGACAAAGUGUUGAACAAGCCUGUCUUGUUCUCUGAAUAUGGAUUAUCAGACAUAAAUUUUACGUUGUCUGAGCGACACACGAUGUAUAAAACAAUUUUAGAUAUAAGCUACAAAUCUGCCAAGAAAAACAGGUCUGGAGCUGGUGCUCUAGUUUGGCAAUUCUUAGUUGGAGGAAUGAAGGAGUUUACUGAUGAUUUUGGGUUGAUCCCAUGGGAAAGGUCGUCAGUUCAUUCACUAUUUGUUGAACAAUCAUGCAGAUUAGCCAAGGUCAAGGGGUGGACUCAAAAGGACACAAGUUUUAAACAAUUUUGUUAAAACAAGUUGUGGAAAUCGUGGCCCUUGAUUGAAAUGGAGAGAAAUAUGAGUUCUUUUGUGGUUUAAGACUGCUAAUAGGUGCAUGCGUGGUUUUGUACAAUAUGCUCCUAUUUUCAUCACCAAUGCUUAAGUUGGUUGGUGGGGUAUAUACAGUGUCGUAACAUAGAUUAGAUAUUAUCAUAAACAGUUUUCUUUUUUAAAGCUUGUAAUCCAUAUGAACAAAAUUUACAAUGAAGUCUUUUAAGAUGUGAGGAAAAAAAUUAUUGAAGUAAUACAAGUAAUCUAAUUAAUCCAAAUUGCCCCGCUGGUUGUACGUUUAGAAUUAUCAAAUCAUUAAUCAUUGUAUUUGCCAUCUGAUUUUAUGAAUGUUUAAAUGGACACCUCGCCAUACGAGGAUUUGGUUUCAUAUUUCAUGAGAAUUUAUUUUAACUACUUUUAACUUCAAUGCUCCGGAUACUUCCCUUUUAUUUCUCCCGAAUUUUAAACAUGAUUUAUGACGAGUAAGUGAUGUCACUUCAAACUUGGAAGACCACUCGUUUAGUCUAGCCGUUGGGUUUUUCAUUUUUUCUAAUCACCACGCCAGUGGCUUCUUUACCCAAGUAGUUGCGACUAGUUGAAAGUUGAACCUACCACAACAAGCAAAAUAGUGCUCAUUUAGAUAUAAAACGAAUUAUGAGCCUCUAACUCAGGGAUCAAGAUAUCAACCUUUGUUCUGCUCAGUUCUUUUAGACAGAAGUUCAACUUUAGGUCGGUACAUGCGCUGUCCACUAAAAUAGCAAUCAAAUUCCCACUUUUUCUUUUAAUAUUCAAUGAAUGGCAUUUAGGCACAUAAUUUGUAACAAUUUUGCACCGGUUUGUUCAUGCUUCUCUAACCAGCUCUGUCUAUUAGGAUCAAGUGGCAAACAGGUGAUUGAAAUCCACGUCCAGUUUGUUUUCAUUAUUUAGCCGUCAAAUUUGAUAACAAGAAACCAAGUUAGAAAACCUAGCAUACUGAAUGGGUUAUUUUCUUUUUGUGGUCUCAACGGAAGAAAAAAAUUAUAUCUCCUAACUACUGGUACCUACGAUUCUACGGAAUAAGCCGUUUUCUGCCAGCAUGUAACAGCAAAAAUAAUCAGAAUUUCACCCGC